AUGGGUCCCGCCGCCUUCCUGGGGCUCUGCCUGCUGGGAUGCCUGGUGCUGCCCCCCUCCCUGCCGGGGGCUCAGGCCACCAGAUGUCCCCGGGGCUGGCUGUCCUUCGAGGGACACUGCUACGGCUACUUUGGGCAGCAGCUGAGCUGGAGGAGGGCUGAGGCGUGGUGCCAGGCCACCCGCGGGGGCCACCUGGCAUCGCUGCACAGCCCCGAGGAGCACCGGGCGCUCGCCGCCUUCAUCGCCCGGCGGCCGCGGCGGGGAGACGACGAUGAGGAGGGGGAGAAGGAGAGAGAGAGGGAGAGGGAGGAGAGCGUCUGGAUCGGCCUGCACCGGCGGCGCCAGGGCUGGCUCUGGGCUGACGGGUCCCCGCGGCACUACUGGGCCUGGGAGGGGGACGAUGGCCCCAAGGGACAUCCCUGCAUCGCCCUGGAGGACUCGGCAGGGUUCAUGGCCUGGGAGGGCGAGGCCUGCGGGGAUCGCAAACCCUUCGUCUGCAAAUACCCGGCCUAG